AUGGCCACAUCUCCAUCCCGGAAUAGAAACACAACGCGAAGCCCAAAUAUGCGAGGUCGAUUGGAGACAAUCCCAGAAAAUUGGCUGCAGCACCAGGCGAAUCCAAGGUUCUCUAUGAAAGAGAACCAACUAAAUCCGCCCGUCAUCACUCAGCACCCAAGCGCUCAUAACCAAAGAUGGUACAAGUUGAGACCUGGCUCACUUCUUCGUCGGGACGGCACAGUUCUCAUUAUCGCAGUUGCCUUUACAGGUCUGGCUGUAUCCCUUGUAGUCCGGAAAAUCUCUGUACUGGAGGAUCUUGUUUCCUUUGGGCUUGAAUCCGUCGCAGAGGCUGGAAACAGCAGUAGACGAUCCAGCUUGGAAGUUCCGGUUUGCAGAGCGACUCAGUCUGGCGGCAUAAAUAAGAGACGCUUGUAUAAUGCAGAGGAUACAAUGGAGGAAUGGAGGAGAACAUUCACAGAAGUCGUCUAG